UAAUUUUAUUUGGUUUUGAUUUGAUAAAAAUAUGAAACAAAUUCAAUUAUUAAUGAUCAUUUGGCUGCUAACAAUGAAGAUGGUGGUGAUGGUUAAUCAUACUGAUGUGAUUAUGGCUGAUACUCUGAUUACGACUAGUCCAAUUAUUUUAUUCCUAGCAAAAAAUGCAAAAUAUAUAAAACGAAUGAUGGAUUCGCACGCAACGAUAAGCAGAACUGUGGGAAGAUGGGCUUACAAAACGUUUCAUAAUAGAGAAAAGCGAACUAAACCAGAAAACUUUGUCAAAUUAUUUCCAUAUAAACCAAUUUAUGGCCUACCCGAAGGUGUAUGUCAAAAUGCAAAAUAUCAUACUGCAUUUAUCAAUUGUGAAUAUGAUAUGCGUAAACGUUGGGAGAUAACUAUUGAUGAUUUUUAUAUUGAUAGUUUUGAUUUUUGUUGUUUUGUUUUUACACAAUUAGAUUGUGAAUUAAGUAUUUUAAAACGUUGUACAGCAAAACCACAUUUAUAUGCUGAUCAAAUGUUGAAUGCAACAGUAUCAAGGUUUAAUCCAUUUUGUUCCACAGUUCAACAUGGGCAUUUUUUGUGUUAUGCAAGAAAAAAAACAUGGAUUAUUUUGGCUGUAUCAAUUGCUUCUAUGUUUGUUUUAUACACAUUUAAUGGAUGUUUUGCUACUUUUUGUGGUGUGAUAACAAUGUAUAAUACGCUAAGCGCAAUUUUUGAUGAUUAUUUCUUUACUACUGCUUAUUGGACACCACGACAAGACAUAACCCUUUUCAGUUUAGCUGCUGAAAAAAUAUUUAAUAAGGAUCCCAAGCCUGCGAACUAAAGAAGAUAUGAUUGCCAAAAAAAAAAAAAUGAAUAA